AACAAAUUCUGCCCUCUAAAAUGAUCGGACAAUCGCCGCCCAUCUAACUACCUCGACCAGCCCACGAGGGGGACAUUGCCAAAGCGUCGUCCCACAAGCAAUCAUUACUUUAGCUUUGUCUGACCCUUUUGGGUUUGGAAAUAUCAGCGACUGCUCACACACACACACACGCAUUCGAAUUCCGAAGAAAUCAGCAGUAGGGAAGAAGAAAUGGGUUCGGUAGCAAAGAAGGGAUUGCAGAAGUACGUGUCACAGCUUCAGAGUCACCCCUUGAGAACCAAGGUAUUCCCCUUUUUGUUGCAUGCUGAAAGAGCUUAUUUUGAGAUUUAUAGAUUCAAAAGAGGAAUGAAAUUGUUGCAGGCAAUUACGGCUGCGGUUUUGUCAGGGAUUAGUGACACUGUUUCUCAGAAGCUUUCUGGAAUACCCAAACUUCAGCUGAGACGCCUUGUUCUCAAAAUGCUCUUUGGAUUUGCUUAUCUUGGGCCAUUUGGACACUACACGUAUAUAUUACUGGAUAAAGUUUUCAAGGGGAAGAAUGAUUCCAAAACUGUUGCCAAGAAGGUGGUGCUGGAACAGUUGACAUCUUCUCCUUGUAACAACUUGCUUUUCAUGAUUUACUAUGGGGUGGUCGUUGAGGGAAGACCCUGGAUGCAUGUGAAAACUAGAAUCAAAAAGGAGUAUCCCAAAGUACAGUUGACUGCGUGGACGUUCUGGCCGGUUGUGGGAUGGAUAAACCACCAAUAUGUGCCGCUGCAGUUCCGUGUUAUUUUCAGUAGCCUCAUUGCAUUUUGCUGGGGAAUAUUUCUGAAUCUACGAGCAAGAUCUAUGGCGUUGCCCAAGAGUGAAUGAAUGAUCGGAAACCUUUCAAUUCAUUUGGAUGAUUAAUAAUGCUAGCUCUGCAAUCCAUAUUAUAAGCUCAUUUUAUGUAACUUGCAGCUUAUUCUUUGCAACUAUGAACUCAUAAAUAUUAAUGUUAAAUCUCAUUACCAUCUAUCUUGGUGGAAAGUUUGAUUAGUUAUUUAGCUUGAUCUUGACUUCUGUGCUUUGCUAAGCAUAGCAUUUCAGAAUCUAAGUUUCAUGCCACAGAA